CUCAUCCCUUCCCAUUACGAAAUUAACAGUCGGUCGACACAUUUGCGUGUCAUGUUUGUCUUCCACUUCACGUCACCCGCUACACCCCCCCCCCCCCCCCACAGCUCUCCACCCAGAUAAACGUGGGAGUCAGUUUACACACACUCACGCACACACUUGCCCAACCCUCUCAGCUUCUCUUUCUCUUUCUCUCUCUCUCUCUGCGCGUGAGAGUUGGCAGCGGCCACGCUCGGCUCAUUGCACGAGACGUCCAGGCAGGAGAAGCGCCCGCCUGUCACGGCCAGAGAACCAACGCGUCUUCUGCAUCGGAUCCAAACGCCAAGAGAGGAUUACAACAAGGCCAAAUAGAACAAGGAGAGGUCAGUGCGACGAAGCUCCUCUUUCUUCCUUUGAAUGCGAAUUUGGGACUUUGGAAGCGUGGCUGGCUUUCCACUCGCGCGCACACUCGGCGGUCGCUGUGAGUGGCCCGUAUUUAUUCUUGGGGUGCAACGCAGGUGAGGGCAUCGGCAAAGACGUCGGCCCAUCUGCCAGUCGGCGUCUCAAGUGCCGGAUUGGAGCAAGUCGGCGGGAGGAUCGGCGAAGGGAGGACAAGAAGACGGCAUUUCAAAGAGGAAUCCGCUUGCUAUUUCGGCUGCGCUGCGGCCGGGGGAGCCACUCGCUCGGGAGGGCUUUCUGACACAAAGAGGGCCGCCCACCCAGUCGAAAAAGACGUGCGUGAAUCCCGGAUGUCAAUUCGCCUCAGCGCUUUUGAAAAAAGAGACGGCAAACGUAAACAGUGCGGUUUCUUCAAACGCUACCCUCCAAUUUCCAGGAAUGAAACUAGCGCGUCUUUCCAAUCCCAUCGAAUCAACAUGAAGCCGUUGACCCCCAUCGGAUCACCGUCCCCCCUUCGGCUCCUCAACAAGGGUCCGGACUACCUGCGGCGGCAGAUGGACUCCGGGGGCCACGGUCGAGCGAUUAGCGCCGUCGAGAGGCUGGAGGCGGACAAGGCCAAGUACGUCAAGAGCCAGCAGGUCAUCAACACCAAACAGGAACCCGUGUCGGUACCGUGCGGCACUCCGCCGCCGCCGCCCCGAAGGCCUUUCGCCAGUCCCCAAGUCCCCCGGCGGGGUUUCUCCAGCACCCCCUUCUCCACUCUCUCUCGAUCUUUUUCCUCCGGGGACGAAAAUGAAAACGACGACUCCAGAAAGGAGAAUCGGCAGUCUGCCGUCGACCUCGAGACUCAUAACAACGCGCUCAACCGCCAGCCGGCCGGUCCCACGACGCCGGCGUUUAGCACUCCGGUGACGCCGCGCAGCGCCCCCGUCCUCCGCAGGAGCACCGGCAAGCGCAUGCUGAGACCCGACUCGCUCGUCAUCUACCGGCAGAAGAAAGAGUGCAAGAGUCCCGACGGAGAGAAUGCCAGCGCCGAGCUGAAAGGUUACGGCUUCGUCCGCCGCCUCUUCCAGGGCUCCAUGAGGGAGAAGGGGGGCGCCGGAGUCCACAAGAUGGUCAUUGGUGAGGAGAAAAUGCCCUCGCGGGAUGGAGACUCCCGCAUGUCAUGGACUAACGAUAACGAAGGCGGGCCGGGAAGCAGGAGGUCCAGCGAAACCGAGCAGGAACACAGCCCGGGGUGCGGCACCGGCCCGGGCCGGACGCCUCCACUGGACCGGACCAGGGACGGACGGAAAGGCACCGCCGACGAAGGAAUGGACGAUGACGGUCCCUGGAGACGGGCAUCUCCGCAACCUUCGUCCCGCGGGGGUCAGCGCGGGGGGCUGCGCCGUUCUAAAUCGGACCUGCAUCUGGACCGCUCCGGAGCCAAGUCCGAGCAGGAGCGGUUCUUUGACUUUUGCGGCCUGGACGCGGACCUGAUCGAGCGCCUCGGCCGGGAGAACUUCCCGUGUGGCGCCAGCUCCGUCGACACCCUUUCGCUGGCUCUGCGCAGCGUCGCCGGGGACGGCGGCACGGAGCCCAGCGAGUUCUCCCGCCACUCCGGAGACGGCUUGUUCCGGGAGGAGCCGGCCGAGAAGCCCCCCGCCGGCGUCUCCAUCAUAGAGAGGAACGCUCGGGUCAUCAAGUGGCUCUACGGCUGCAGAAACGCUGCCCGUGAAGGACCCAGAGAGUCGACCGUUUGAUCCGGAAGACCGUCUCCGUUCGAGGACGAUAUGCGGUCGCUUUCGUGGGCAACUUGGUGCUUGCUCCUUGACAAACGUCCUCCCGUCAAAACUAUUGAUUAACCCGAAGCUCCUCUUCAAAUGGAUUGAUUCCAGAUGUACAAUCCGGAACAGAACCGGUUUCUGAACUGGCACAUAUCUGCAAUUGUCUGCUGGCGUUGACACCGGAGACUAAAUGCUGCGUGAAGUGAGCCACGAGUACCUCAGUCGGAAACGUCUCGCUUUUCAAUGUCAGCGUCUGGCUUUCUUUAUUUUUUUUUUAACGCAGGCGUUGAAUCAAACACGCAAGACUCCCCUGUGGGGUUGUUAAUGUACUGAUAAGAAUAGGGAGGUGGGGGUGGGGGGGGUGAUUGCUUGACUUUAUUUUUAUAUACACUGUCCUGAUCAUGUCUUGUGACGCCAUCGAUUAUCACUCAGGGAACCUCUGGAAAAAUCUGAUGUGUCGCAGACGGUUUCUUCCAAGUUGUCGUCACCACUCAAAAGCCCCCUUUCAUAUCGCCGAGGUGUAACGGUAGAAGGGGGGGACGCCGGUCUCCCGUCGUGUCCGAACUGCGGCCGCACCCAUCCUCAUAAUUAAACGCCAGGUCAACGCCGGCAUUCUGGAUGACUUGUCAGAAUCGGAAACAGUAGGCUGAGUGGGCGGAGCCUUCCGCUACUCAUCCUAAGCAGGCGCAAUGGCUGCUUGACUUGACCCCCAAACCCCCCCGGCCUCAUCCGGCGUGCGCGUGGCUUUCGUGACCGUGGGUCUGUGCGAAAGGGGCUUCGUACAAAAAGACGGUCAAGAUGUCGGCUGCAUGUGGCGCUCCGGCCUGGGAGACCAAGCGCAGAUUCUACCUCACUUCAUUCAUCAGCGGCUCAUUUCUGCCCAGCGGUCACUUCUGCGGUACUGCCCACUCGAACGCAGACUGUGGGGUCUUCCGAGGUUCGGCCGAGGGUCUCGCGUGUGACGAUUGUGGUCCAUUACUGUAAUGACUCCCAAACCCUGAUAGCUUUGCCCUUAUUUAUCACCUCCCUGGCACGCUCCUUCAAUGGGACCUACUUUUGCAUUUGGUGGCAUGCUGACAACAUUUAUUGUGACGGAUGUCCAUGAAAGACUUGUUGCUUUGACUCUCAAGAGAUCAAUAAAUGCAAAUACUGACUGAUUUUGACUGUUUCUUUCGAUUUUGGUCCUGCAACAGAGAAGGUGCCCGGUACCGAGCCUUAGGGAACACCUUUGAUCAUCAAGGGACAAGAAAAGAUUCGCGACCACCUCAAUGCAUCUCUCAAAGCGCUCAGAUCAAAGCGCAUCCUUUAGUUUCUGAAAACAAACGAUGGCGACGGGUGUUCCCCUUUUUAGUCACAUAUUAAGUACGUACCUGGGAACUGUUUUAAAAGGUCAAGAAGGCAUCGUUUGUUUAUUUUAAAGGCUUUUAAGGAUCCGGGCAUCUGGAUCUGUACUCUGCCCACGCAGUUGUUUGUUUUAGGGACAGAAAACAUCAACCUCCUUCCAUCUUUUCCUGACAAUUCGCCUUCUGUGUCUGCCUGACAUGAGCGCAGGGCCUGCUGUGUGACAUCCUGUUUUGGGUUCACGGGACAAGGUUGAAACAUAUGCUCAUGUUUUGGUUGUGGCUUUCUUUCCGCUGCGUCUUUUCUUCGUCUCGCGUCUGCCGCCUUGAAAUAAACAAGACACCAGCUGGCCGAGGACAAUUGCCGUUGUAUAAUUGUAGGGAUGGGCUGGAUCGGGGCAGUGCUGAGCAAGCACAAUCACAGAGAGGGAGCAGGAACACCCUGGAAAGUGUGCAACAAAACAUUGCGGGCUGCUGAUGUGGGUUUUCAUUCACAUAAAAGCUCCACGGGGGCUCCGAAGCGCGACUACCUGAGCCAAUUAAGACGACUAAUGAGAAAAAGCUUCUGCAAUCCAUUUGUCACUUUCCGCUUGUUUUGGAGGUGCAACAUCCAACAGCUCACUUGACAUGUGUCCAAGUGCUCGCAAAUGGUCCCCACGAUUGCCGUCAGCGGGUUUUUGUCUUCCCCCUCCCUUCUCCGAGGAGUCGUCGUAAAGUCUGUGAGGGGAAGGGAAGUGCACCAAACCUGGCCUGGUUCUUCCGCACCGGUAGCUUCAGCAGAAUGAGGUUGUCUAUGUCGGCUUCAGGGGACAAACGCGCGAGACUCUUAAGGAUUGUCCGGUGGUAGAGAUCGAGAUCCUACUGGGGAAGAUCUUCGGUGACCGAAAAAAGAAUUCCUUUGAUCCUUGCGGAAUAAGCGUUAGAGGUACGGACUUGAUGAAAUUGCGGAUUAAAACUAGCAGUGUAGACUAACAAAAAUUUCAAGUGCUGUUCGGGCUACGAAAACAGGCCUUGGCCAGCGGGGUUGAGAUGAAGCAGACCAAACAACUUGACAAGUGAGUCCAAGGUACAACGAGAACACAAACAUAAGCAGUUGGGUCACACUCCCCCUAAGAGAUGAAUCACUCUCACCUGCAGGAUGCAAUGCGAUUUCAUCUCAACUCAACUCGAGUGUAUUUCUCGAGGUCAGGUGGGGCCAGGCCACUGUAAGAUUGGAAAACCAACUAGAGGGUCUUCUUCAAAACAACUCGAAAAUGCAGCCAGUGAAGGGCAUGCCUGAGGAGGAGUGACGCGCUACCUCUUACGAGUCCCCGGUCAAGAGGCGAGCGGCAGCAUUCAGGAUCCGCUGGAGACCCUUCAUGGAGGAUUGGCUGACUCCAAAGUCCAGUGCGUUACAGUCAUCCAGCCCAGAUGUGACCAAGGCUUGAAUGACUGCAUCCCAAAGUGCUCGCCGGAGCAAGGAGAGGGUCCAAUUAAA